GGGGCCGCGCCUGCCGGCGUUGCCGGGUAACGGCCGCUCCGGGCAAUGGCGGCGGGACCGCCCCGCGGUUGCUGCCUGGCCAUUUAAAGUCGUAGGAAUAGCCGGCAAAGCUGCUUAGGACUGUGUUGAAAAUGCUGGGAGAGAAAAAGCAGUUAAUGGUGGCAAGAGACCUUUACACAGACCCCACGUUCCCGGCCAGUGAUACCUCCAUAUUCUUUAAUUAUUGUACCCCGCUGGCCCAAUUCAGAGGCGAGAUAUCUUGGUUGAGACCUAAGGACAUUUGUUCCUCUCCUCGGUUAUUUUCAAACAAUCUGCAGGAUGUGCAAGUAAAACAAGGAAUUUUGGGAGACUGUUGGUUCCUGUGUGCCUGUGUAGCUUUGCAUAAGAGCAAAUACUUACUGAACAAGGUGAUCCCUCCAGGCCAGCCCAGCUGGACAGAUGAGUCCUACCAAGGCUGCUUCACCUGCCGGGUGUGGCAGUUUGGCCACUGGGUGGAAGUGACCAUUGAUGAUCGCCUGCCUUGCCUUGGGGGCAAACUCUGCUUUUCCCAGUGUCAGACAGAGGAUUUGUUUUGGCUUCCACUCCUGGAAAAAGCUUAUGCAAAAGUGCAUGGAUCUUAUGAGCAGUUGUGGGCAGGACAGGUGGCAGAUGCUUUGGUUGAUCUGACUGGAGGAAUUGCUGAAAGAUGGACCCUGAAAGACCCUGGAAAAAAUGUGGAGAAAGAGAAGACUGGCAUGGUUUUGGAGAAAGCAGUGUUUAGAAGAUUAAUGAAUCUGAAGGAACAGUGUGUAAUAAGCUGUUCAGUCCUCAACUCCAAACAAGGUGCAAGUGAACUAGGAGAAUUUCAUGCCUUUAUUGUGAUAGACACAUUGAAUCUCUCUGAAGUGUCAGGCAAGGAAAUCUUCCUGCUACGAAUACGAAAUCCUUGGGGGAGGCGGUGCUGGAAAGGGCCUUGGUGUGAGGGUGGUCAAGGAUGGAACCAGCUAGAUCCAGUAGUUGCUUCAGAACUCCUCUCACAGAUCCAAGAAGGAGAAUUCUGGGUUGAUGAGGAAGAAUUUUUCAGGGAAUUUGAUGAGAUUACUGUGGGCUUUCCAGUCAAUGAGGAAGGACAACUUCAGAGCCUCUAUACAGAGAAAGUGCUGUAUCACUCUCAGAAUCUCUUUGGAUCCUGGGUGAGAGGCCAGUCUGCAGGUGGCUGCCGCAACAACAGCAGCUUCCCAACCAACCCCAAGUUCUGGCUGAGGGUGUGUGAGUCCAGUGAGGUGUGCAUUGCUCUGCUGCAGAAACACAGGAAAUACAGCACUGACUGGGCUGGAAGGAUUCAAAAGCCAACUCGCUUGGCAGAGGAAAAUCCAUCUUUGACUGAAGGCAUACAGGGAAAGAAUUACCAGGCCGUGGGAUUGCAUGUCUGGAAGGUGGAGAAGAAACGAUUUAACCUUCCAAAGACCCUCUCUGCUCCUCCAGUUGUAGGUACUGUCUGCCAUUCCUACGACAGAGAAGUCCAUGUGUGCUGUGACCUUUCACCUGGCUUUUAUCUUGUUGUUCCCAGCACUUUUCUGAAAGAUGCAGUGGGGAAUUUCUUGCUUCGUGUAUUUUCAACGGGAAGGAUCUCUCUCAGUGAACUAAAGCCACCACCCAUGGAUGCUGCCCUCUGUGAAGAACUCCCAGCUGGUGAAUGGGAGACGGUGCAGCUGCAUGGAUGCUGGAAGAAUGGGCUGAAUGCUGGAGGUAGCAGGAAUUUCCCCUCCUUCCAUACCAAUCCCUGCUUUCCCCUGUCCGUUCCUGCAGGAGCAGGGAAAAGCAGUGUGAAAGUCACCCUCCGUCAGCACUGCCUGGAUAGCAAGUGUUGUCCAAUAGGUUUCCAUAUUUUCCAGGUGCCUAACAGCAGCUGGAAACCACAAACUACUUCUUUUGUACAUUUGGAGCCACUGGUGAGCUGUGUUCCUCACUGCUAUUCCCAAGAAGUCAGCCGACUCUGCAGGCUUCCUGCAGGAAGUUAUGUCAUUAUACCUUCUACGUACUUGCCCAACACAGAAGGCAAUUUUACAGUGGUCAUAGCAACCAAAAUAGACAGGAAGCGCAUUCACAGCCAGGAGACACUUGGACAGGUGUUACAAGAGGUUUCCUUUACAACUGUGAUGAAAAGGAAGGAUAUACCUCAAGAAUGGUCAAAAUACACUGGAGUAGAAAAAGUCCAAGCUUGUAUCUGACACUGCCAGUCUUGCUGCUGAGCACUUUACCUUGGGCCCUCUAUGGAACCAAGCAGAUGGUGGGUUCAAAGGAAAGAUUUUUUUUGGUGAGUUUUUCUUUAAUGAAUGCCAGAAAUAAAAAAGACAAGACUUGAAAACUUUUGAGCUAUCCUAUCAGACUGCUUUUGUAAAUCUGUAAGAAUGUGUUUUAUGGAAGAGCUGCCCUUGCUGCAAGAAAUGUGCGGUUUAAGGGUUUUUUCUUAAUUUAUGUUUGAAAGUGUUUCUUAUUCAAGCAGGAUUUUUAAAUGUUAUAUUUUCCUCAGUAAAAAUAAAGUAACAUUAAAAGUUUUAAAA